AGCCAUCACGGCUUCCGGCAGAGAGCUUUGGGCCCCGCUUGGGCGUAGCUGUAGGUUUGUGGGAAGCUUGCUUCUGAAUAGUUGGGCCACAUGGGGAAUCACAUAGGAUGCUGCGGAAACACCAACGUGGAGGAGCCGGAAAGCAUGGCAACGGCGCCCAAGAACCAGACAGAGGAUGCGGAGGAGGAGGAGCAGGUGGUGGUGACCCCCGGCAAACAAGGCGAGAAAGCCGUGAUCGAGGCUGCCCCAAAGGGCGUGGAAGAAGAUGCGCAUGACCAGGCCAAGGUUGCUCGGGCCAUCUCUUCCUGCAGCCUGCAGGGUAUCCACCUGGAUGAAGCUGAUGCCAAGGAGCAGCAUCAGAGUGGGCACCCAGAGGCAAUGCGAGUGAGGUCACACACCACCAUGUCCUUGGCGAGCCAGAAGUCCAUUGUAGAUAUCAUCACAGACUUCUUCCAGCACAAGCCGAACUUGACCGGAGAGUGGGUUUGCAUCGAAACUUGGGGCCUCGAUGACUUCCUCAAGGAGAUGGGCAUCUCCUACAUGAAGCGUUUGGCGGCGACCAAAGCGCCGUGGCCCAGCUGGGAGUUCAAGCAGGACAAGGAUCAAAUUAACUUCUGCAACCACACCAUGCUGGGUGACAUCAAGGAGGAGUUCGUAGCAGACGGUGGUUCCUACCAGAUGAUUGACGGUCACAAGCAGACGUUGAACUGCACGGCGUUUUGGGAGGGUGCCACGCUGGUGAUCGAGCGGGCAGGGCCACAAGGGCGUUUCCGCGAGGAGCGCCAGAUAGACGCGAACGGCGUACUGAACUUCACGCUGAAGGGCUGUGAGCCGGAGACGAAGGAGUGGGGCAGGAAGUUCAAGAGGAAGGGCUGAGUGGGAUCCGGCUUUUCUCCCACUGAGGGCAGCUUCACCUAAUCUCACUACAUGUGAUUGGCCUGAGACAAGCGCCAGGUCAAUGACAGGUAGGGCUCUCGGAAAAGCUAGUUGGCCGGCUCGGCAGCUCAAAACGCACU